AUGAUUUUACAUCAUACAUUAGGAAAUGGUGAUUUUACAGUUUUCCAUAAAAUGUCAGAGAGUAUUUGUCAAACAACUGCUUUUUUAAAUGAUAUUUCAACUGCUUGUGAUGAGAUUGAUCGUUGUUUGAAAGUUGCUUAUACUAAUCAACGACCAGUGUAUAUUGCCAUUCCUUCUAAUAUGGUUGAUAUGAAAGUAACUAGUACAAGAUUAGAGAAACCAAUUGAUUUAUCAGUAGUACCAAAUGACGAAGCUUCUCAAAAGGAAGUUAUUGAUAGAGUUUUGACGAUGAUUUCAAAAGCAAAAAGUCCAGUGAUUUUAGUGGAUGCUUGUGCUUCAAGACACAAUUGUAAAGAUGAAGUCCAACAGUUGGUUGAAAUAACCCAGUUUCCGGUUUUUGUUACACCAAUGGGUAAAGGAACCAUUGAUGAAGGUGGAAUCGGUGGUGAAGAUAUUACUGAUCCUGGUAUUUUCACAAAGUUGGACACAAAAUUGAGUAGUGGAAGCAAUGUUGCAUCAAGAUAUGGUGGGGUUUAUAUUGGUUCAUUAUCCAAACCUGAGGUUAAAAAUACAGUUGAGAAUGCCGAUUUGGUUUUAUCGUGUGGUGCUUUGUUAUCUGAUUUCAACACUGGCUCAUUUUCAUAUUCUCUUGGUACUAAGAACAUUGUUGAAUUUCACUCUGAUCACACUAAGGUUAGACGUGCCAUUUACCCCGGUACCAAGAUGAAAGAGGCAAUGCAAGCUCUAAAUUCUAAAGUUUCUUCCGUCAUUAGAAAAAACUAUACUGUUCAAGAAGUGCCAAAAUUGAAAUUAGCAAAUACACCUGCUCCAAGUGGAACUCCAUUGACACAAAUUUGGUUCUGGACAAGAGUUAGUUCUUGGUUUAAAGAAAGUGAUGUAAUUAUUACAGAAACCGGAACUGCUGCACAUGGUAUUCUUGAAACAAGAUUUCCAAAUAAUGUUGUUGGAAUAUCCCAAAUUUUAUGGGGAUCAAUUGGAUUUUCCGUUGGUGCUGCUCUUGGUGCAAGUAUGGCAGCGAAAGAGAUGUCCUCUAAUAAAAGAGUAAUUUUGUUUGUUGGGGAUGGUUCCUUACAGUUAACUAUACAAGAAAUAUCCACUAUGAUUAAAAACAAAGUGAAUCCUUAUAUCUUUGUGUUGAACAAUGGUGGUUACACAAUUGAAAAGUUGAUCCAUGGUAUUGAUGCCCAGUACAAUAAUAUUCAACCUUGGAAUCAUUUACAAAUUCUACCAUUAUUUGGUGCAACAAACUAUCAAGCUGAAAGAAUCACCACAGUUGGGGAAACAAAUGAAUUGUUUGAUGAUCCUAGUUUUGCAACAAAUGAUAAAAUUCGAUUAAUUGAAGUUAUGUUCAAUCCUUUGGAUGCUCCGAUUGCUCUAGUUAAACAAGCCCAUUUUGCAGCUGAAGUUAACAAGGGUAAAUAG